AAGGCGAGGUGGGAGGAAGAGGAGGAAGAGGAGGAGGUGGGGCUGCCGGGGGUGAAGGUGGGCACCCGGAGGUGCCAUGGGGGGCCGCGGGGCCGCCGUGCUGUGUUGGCUGCUGCUGCUGCGGGCGCUGCGCGGCGCUGCGGGCGCCCGGCCCUGCAGCCCCAAGUUCUUCGGGCGCGACGCCAUGGUGUGUGUGUGCAGCGCUGCCUACUGCGACGCGGUGGAGCCGGUGGUGCUGCCGGGCGCGGGCGGCUUCGUGACGUACGAGAGCAGCAAAGCUGGGAAGCGGCUGCAGCGCAGUGAGGGGGACCUUCCGGCACAGCCUGAGUGCCCCGGGUGGUGGGAUGGCCAUGGGGUCGGUUGGCCAUGGGGUUGGUUGGCUAUGGGGUGGGAUGGCAGUGAGGGGACCUUCCGGCACAGCCUGAGUGCCCCGGAUGUGCUGCUGACGCUCGACGUCUCCGCUCGGUUCCAACGCCUGAAGGGCUUCGGGGGUUCUCUGUCCGACGCCGCCGCUCUGAACAUCGUGGCGCUGCCGCAGCCCGCACAGGAGGAGCUGCUCCGCUCCUACUUCUCCGACAGCGGGAUCGAAUACAACCUGAUCCGCGUCCCCAUGGGCUGCAGCGACUUCUCCACGCGCCCCUACAGCUACGAUGACGUCCCCGACGACUUCGAGCUGCGGCACUUCGCGUUGGCGGAGGAGGACCUGGAGAUGAAGAUCCCCCUCCUGCGCCGCGCCAUCGCCAUGGCCAAACGCCCGCUGUCCAUCUACGGCAGCCCAUGGACGGCGCCGGCGUGGAUGAAGAGCAACGGGGACAUCCGUGGGAAGGGGACGCUGAAGGGGCGGGCGGGGGGCAAAUACCACCGUGCGUGGGCCAACUACUUCGUCAGGUUCCUGGAUGAAUACGCCAAACACAACAUCACCUUCUGGGCUGUGACGGCGCAAAAUGAGCCCAUCGCGGCUCUGUUUGCUCACCCUCUGUUCCCCACCGUCGCCUUCACGGCGGAGCAGCAGCGCGAUUUCGUGGUCCGGGACCUCGGCCCGGUUCUGCAGCGCAGCCCUCACAGCGCCCGGCUGCUCAUCAUGGACGAUCAGCGCAUCCAUCUGCCGGGCUGGGCGAGGGCGGUGCGUCCCCGUGUGCCGCUGCGACCCCAAUGGGCCCCCGUGGAGAGGGGGGGAUGAGCGCUCCGUGCGCUCUGCUGGGGCCGGGAUGGGGUGAGGGGGGUGUCGGGGAAUGGGCACAGCUGCCCCCGUGCGUCCGUCCGGGGCGGAGUUGGAGGUGGCGGCCGCGCUCUGCGUCCCUGCAGGCUCUGCGUCCCCAUCUCUGUGCACCUCUGUGUCCCCGUGUCUCUGUGUCCCUGCUUGA